AUGCUCCUGACCAUCACAAACUCUAGGGGUUUCCAGAGCUUGAGUAUCAGCGAAGUCUUCGGCGAGUUUCGUUGCGGAAAGACCCAGCUGUCUCAUACCAUGUCUGUGGUGGCACAGUUACCCAAGGAGAUGGGUGGCGCGGAUGGCAAGGUUGCCUAUAUCGACACGGAAGGUACAUUUAGGCCCGAGCGCAUUGCACAGAUCGCAGAGCGUUUCGGCGUCGACCCGGAUUCCACCCAGGAGAAUAUCGCCUAUGCGCGAGCCCUGAACAGCGAGCAUCAGUUGGAGCUGCUGAAUACCCUGAGCAAAGAGUUUGCUGCCGGGGAGUAUCGACUCUUGAUCAUUGAUAGUAUCAUGAACUGCUUUCGGGUGGAUUACUGCGGACGUGGAGAGUUGGCAGAUCGUCAGCAGAAGCUGAAUCAGUUUUUGAUGAAACUUGCUCAUAUGGCUGAGGAGUUCAACGUUUGUGUUUUGAUGACGAAUCAGGUACAAAGUGACCCCGGUGCGAGUGCUCUUUUCGCUGGAGCCGACGGCCGCAAACCUGUCGGUGGACAUGUUCUGGCACAUGCGUCGACGACUCGGGUGCUUCUUCGCAAAGGUCGUGGAGAGGAACGAGUUGCCAAGAUCCAGGACUCCCCUGAUUGUCCUGAACGCGAGGCGACAUAUGUCAUUACCAACGGGGGAAUCAAUGACCCUGACAAAAUAUAG